UGAUCAGCAUAAUCAUUUUGUGUCUGCUAUAGUAAUCGGGAUGAUAUUAUAGUGCCUGUUUUAAAUAUAAUAUACUGCCUGGUAUCUGGUCCCUGGAGACUAGCAGAAUGUUUUAUGGUGACAGAUAUCAUGUCUUAUCUUUAUCACUGGAUGACUAUUCAAACCUCUGUAUCUUUACGUACUAGUGGUAUCAGGAUCGCUCGUUGUUUAGUUCAACAUCAACAAACGGUGAAAUAUAAGGUUUUUGAAACGGUGGAUUUUGGAUCAAUUUUAUUAUCGCUUGGCAUCCCCAACCAUGUUUACUGUGAAGCAGCCGUCCGAUGGGUAGUUUCAUCAGAGGAGACCACCACAUGGUCUAUUACCCAAGAAGUGCUUUUAUUCCUCUUUUAUUAUUUUCAACAUUCGAGCAAUGGCCUGAUCAGCACACUGGGAUCACUUCAAAUAAUACCAAAAUCUCUGGUUACAAUUCUUCAUCACCCUGAUCUCCCUCUGGAUACAAGUCUCCAAAGUGUUAGUGUGAUAAAUAUAUUCUUAAGCCGACUGAUAAGUCUCGAUCGACAAUCAACAUUUGUGUCUGUCUUAUUACAAGAAGGAAUCUUGCCCAGUUUAUCUUUUUUAUGUCAAAAACACCAGUCAGAUCAAUUUACCCAUGAAUCCAACAAGCUAUUCAAUUUAAUUUAACAACCAUUUAAAAA